AUGGAUGGUAAAAGCAAGAGCAAAGACCGAAAGCGUCUAUGGCAACCAAACAAAGCAAAGAGAAGAAGAGGCCAUAGCGCGUGCGAGAGGGCAAAACAGCACGAGGAAAAUGUCCGUAAGAAUCAAGGACUAGAGAGUCGAGAGAGAGAGGUGACAAUGAGCAGGGAGGAGGAGAAGGAGGGUACUCACAGAGCAGAGGGUGGAGGAGGUGGUGGGAUGGUUCAUGCAGAAGAGGUACAGGCUGGUGGUGGUGGUGGUGGUGGUAGGAGUAGUAGUAGCAGCAGCAGCAGUAGUAGUAGUGGUGAUAUGGGGCCGGCUGGAGAAAAGGAUAAAGGGUGCACGGUGAGGAGUGAGGUGUGAGCUGGGCUUGUUGUUGAAGCACAUACACACACGCACAUACGCACACCGUGGACAUACACAGGCGCGUACACACACACACACACACACACCACACACGAUGAUGAUGACGGAGUGAGGAGAUGCACGGACGGAUGGUGUCGGGGAAGGCCCUUGCAAGCAAAAAAAGGACGAUGAUGUGUCAGGGUGGUCGGGUAUGGAGUGGAGUGGAGAUGG